AUGCCAGCCACUCCGAGGGACGGCGCCGUGGUCCCAAGCACGGUCGUGGACACCAGAAUGUUGAAACGAGCAAUACAGGCGCGGACGUCCCAGCCAGGGAUCAGAGGGGUCCUAGAGACUCUGUUGGGGUACGUGACCGAGUUCCUGACUGUCCCAGGGAGGCCGGCAGGAGAAGCACGCAAGCGUAAUGCUGGACAGAAAACAGCCGUUGGGAACUGCAUGAGGCACAUCACAGCCUUCCACCUGAUCCAGGCCAAGUUCAUGAGGGAGAGCCCCUCGUCACCCAAAACUCGUAGGCGGGAGGUGGGGGGGCUGUCACCCCGGGAGGGCUGGGGCCCCCAGGUGAAGAAGCGCUCUAGGGGAGAAGGGGGUGUGUGCAGCAAACCCCCCUGCUGCACAGGCCGGGGAGAGAGCAGGAGAUCCCAGGUCUCAGGGGGGUCCUCCGUGCAGAAGAUGAUUGCCAGGUUUUCGGCCGUGAUGCACAAGGAGAAGAAAGAACCAACACAGGAGUACAAAGAGCAAGGAAGCACCAAGCAGCUAGGCAAGGGCCCCCUUUUAUCCGCCAUGAUUGGCAAAUUUGAAGUCAUAGCGACAGUGCACAAGGGUUGCAACUUUACCUGCCCAAAGACCGAGCCAAAACCCAACGUCGAUAUGACUGCACAAGGUGCCAAAGAACAUGAAAAAUGUCAGGAUUCAGAGAAGAAGGUGAAAGCCUACUCCACUGAGCCUCUGUCCAAGAAUGCCAACCCUGACUAUCAGGCUCCGAAAUCACAGGUAUCCAAGCCUGACUCACAGGUAUUCAACCCUGGCUUUGAGGCCCCAAACUCACAGGUAUCCAACAUUGGGUCUGAGGCCCCAAACUCACAGGUGUCCAACCCUGAGUAUCAGGCCCCAGACUCACAGGUAUCCAACAUUGGGUCUGAGGCCCCAAACUCACAGGUGUCCAACCCUGAGUAUCAGGCCCCAGACUCACAGGUAACCAACCCUGACUAUCAGGCCCUGAGCUUACGGGUAUCUAACCCCGACUAUCAGGCUCCAGACUCACAGAUAUUCAACCCUGACAAUCAGGCCCCAAACUCACAGGUAUUCAACCCUGGCUUUGAGGCCCCAAACUCACAGGUAUUCAACCCUGGCUUUGAGGCCCCAAACUCACAGGUAUUCAACCCUGGCUUUAAGGCCCCAAACUCACAGGUAUCCAACCCUAACUAUCAGGCCCCGAAAUCACAGGUAUUCAACCCUGGCUUUAAGGCCCCAAACUCACAGUUAUCCAACCCUAACUAUCAGGCCCCAGACUCACAGGUAUUCAACCCUGGCUUUGACGCCCCAAACUCACAGAUAUCCAACAUUGGGUCUGAGGCCCCAAACUCACAGGUGUCCAACCCUGAGUAUCAGGCCCCAGACUCACAGGUAUCCAACAUUGGGUCUGAGGCCCCAAACUCACAGGUGUCCAACCCUGAGUAUCAGGCCCCAGACUCACAGGUAACCAACCCUGACUAUCAGGCCCUGAGCUUAUGGGUAUCUAACCCCGACUAUCAGGCUCCAGACUCACAGAUAUUCAACCCUGACAAUCAGGCCCCAAACUCACAGGUAUUCAACCCUGGCUUUGAGGCCCCAAACUCACAGGUAUUCAACCCUGGCUUUGAGGCCCCAAACUCACAGGUAUUCAACCCUGGCUUUAAGGCCCCAAACUCACAGGUAUCCAACCCUAACUAUCAGGCCCCAGACUCACAGGUAUCCAACCCUGGCUCUGAGGCCCCAAACUCACAGUUAUCCAACCCUGGCUAUCAGCCCCCAGACUCACACAUAUCCAACCCCGACUAUCAUGUCCCAGACUCACAGGUAUACAACCCUAGCUUUGAGGCCGCAAACUCACAGGUAUCCAACCCUGACUAUCAGGCCUUAGAUUCACAGGUAUCCAACCCUGGCUUUGAGGCCCCAAACUCACAGGUAUUCAACCCUGGCUUUGAGGCCCCAAACUCACAGGUAUCCAACCCUGGCUUUGAGGCCCCAAACUCACAGGUAUUCAACCCUGGCUUUGAGGCCCCAAACUCACAGGUAUCCAACCCUAACUAUCAGGCCCCAGACUCACAGGUAUCCAACCCUGGCUCUGAGGCCCCAAACUCACAGGUAUUCAACCCUGGCUUUGAGGCCCCAAACUCACAGGUAUUCAACCCUGGCUUUAAGGCCCCAAACUCACAGGUAUCCAACCCUAACUAUCAGGCCCCAGACUCACAGGUAUCCAACCCUAGCUUUGAGGCCGCAAACUCACAGUUAUCCAACCCUGGCUAUCAGCCCCCAGACUCACACAUAUCCAACCCCGACUAUCAUGUCCCAGACUCACAGGUAUACAACCCUAGCUUCGAGGCUGCAAACUCACAGGUAUCCAACCCUGACUAUCAGGCCUCAGAUUCACAGGUAUCCAACCCUGGCUUUGAGGCCGCAAACUCACAGGUAUCCAACCCUGACUAUCAGGCCUCAGAUUCACAGGUAUCCAACCCUGGCUUUGAGGCCCCAAACUCACAGGUAUCCAACCCUGGCUUUGAGGCCCAAAACUCACAGGUAUCCAACCCUGACUAUCAGGCCUCAGAUUCACAGGUAUCCAGAGGUCUUCUAGGUCAUUUCUUUCACCUGGUCCAGGUGUCCAGGUGA